GCUAGCAAGGUUGGCUAACCCCGUAGACAGCCAAGCCAGCAAGCACAGCUCUUUUCUGUUGUAGGUGUCAAAUAAUCUGAAGAUACGGCUGUAUGUGAUGCGAGUCGGCUAGGAGGAAGAGGAAGGAAUGAUACCAGAGCAGAGAGACAACAGACUACACAACUAGCUCACUGACGCGCCUCACUCAAAACGCCGCUAAGAUGAGGGUUGUGUUCACCGCUUGCCUUACGCUGUCCUGCCUCCUCCGUUGCCUGGAGACGGUGCCCAUCAGCAUCGACAAGACCAAAGUCAAACUGCCCGAAGAGAAAGUGGAACCUCCACAGAGUGUGGAUACCGGUCUGCAUUACGAUCGCUACCUGCGUGAGGUGAUUGAUUACCUAGAGAAGGACCAGCACUUCAGGGACAAGCUGCACAACACUGACAUGGAGGACAUCAAGCAAGGUAAGCUGGCUAAGGAGCUGGACUUCGUGAGUCAUCACGUGCGGACCAAACUGGACGAACUGAAGAGACAAGAGGUCAGCCGACUACGCACACUUAUCAAGGCCAAGCAAGACAUGGAGGGAAACGGCAUGGCGGUGGACCACCAGGCUCUAUUGAAGCAGUUUGAGUAUCUAAAUCACAUGAAUCCCCACACAUUUGAGGUGGAAGACCUGGAUAGACUCAUCAAAUCAGCCACCAGUGAUCUGGAGAACUUCGAUAAGGAGCGACACGAGGAGUUUAAACGCUACGAGAUGAUGAAGGAGCACGAGAGGAGAGAGCACCUGAAGAGUCUGGAUGAGGAGGGCAGGAGGAGAGAGGAGGAACACUACCAAGACAUGAAGAAGAAACACGCCGACCACCCCAAAGUCAACCACCCCGGCAGUCAGGACCAGCUUAAGGAGGUGUGGGAGGAGAAGGAUGGUCUCGACCCGGAGGACUUCGAUCCCAAAACCUUCUUCAACCUCCACGAUUCUAAUGGAGACGGCUUCUUUGAUGAGCAGGAGCUGGAGGCUCUCUUCACUAAAGAGCUGGAGAAGAUCUACGACCCGACCAAUGAGGAGGACGACAUGGUGGAGAUGGAGGAGGAGCGACUACGCAUGAGAGAACACGUGAUGAACGAGGUUGACAGUAAUGGAGAUCGUCUGGUCUCUCUGGAUGAGUUCAUGAUCGCCACCAAGAAGAAGGAAUUCCUAGAACCGGAUAGCUGGGAGACUCUGGAGCAGAGCCAGGCGUAUACGGAAGAGGAGAUGCGAGAGUUCGAGGCCCAGCUGGCUCAACAGGAGGAAGAGUUGAGUCUGAAGGCUCAAGACCUGAACACACAGAGAGAAGAGCUGGAGAGGCAACAGGAACAACUCAACGCACAGAAAAUGGAACUACAACAGGCUGUGGAGCACAUGGAGAAGUUGAAACAGACACAGAGAGUGGAGCCCCCAGAGGAGCACCAUAUGGAUGGUAAUGCCAUAGUUCCUGAUGCCCCAGAGCAGCAUGCUCUGCCCCCCGGCUACAACCACAUGGCCCCCGGAUACGCAGACUUGCCCCCCGACCAGGCACACCUGCCACCACAGCACGUCCCAGCGGGCAUCGACAACAACCCUCCUCCCCAGGGUCUCCACCCGGCGCCCCCUGGACACAACCAGCCGCCUGCCCAGCGAGAGGAGCCUCAUCUGGGGCAGGCCGAGCACCACCAGCCCCCCCACCACCAGGACCAGGGGCAACAACAGGGGCAACAGCAGGACCACAACCAGCCCAUCCUGCAUCACAUGCCCCAGGAGGGGCUACAGCAUCUCCCCCAGGGGGAACAGCACCACGACCCGCAGGAACACAACGCCAUCCCCUAGGGGGCGCCACAUACAAUACAAUACAAUACAAUACAAUACAAUACAAUACAGUAUAAAGCUAUCCCCUAGGGGGCGCCACAUACAAUACAAUUCAAUACAAUACAAUACAAUACAGUAUAAAGCUAUCCCCUAGGGGGCGCCACAUACAAUACAAUAAAAUUCAAUUCAAUACAAUACAAUACAAAACGGCUCAAUAUAACGCCAUUCCCUAGGGGGCGCCAAAUACAAUACAAUACAAUACAAUACGGCUCAAUAUAACGCCAUUCGCCACAAUUCAUUACAGUACAAUACAGUUAAGAAAGCCAUCCCCUAGGGGGCACCAAAUACAACACAACACAAUUCAGUAUGUAAUGCCAGCCAACAACACAACACAACUCAGUAUAACACAACAACACAGUCC